CACAACACACUCCAGUCUCCAUGGCGCACUGCACACCACCACCACCACAACACGGGAAAGUGGGAGGAGCCGGUGCCGGCGGCGACAGUUGGAGACGGUGCAGGCGAUCGCCGUUGAGGGAAAUGGCCCGGAGCAGGAGGGUAAAGUGGCUAAACCACUACUCGUCGGCGCAGACCAUCCUCAUCGUCGGAGAUGGGGACUUCUCCUUCUCGCUGGCCCUCGCCACCGCUUUCGGCUCCGGCGAGAACCUCGUCGCCACGUCCCUCGACUCUUACGAGGUUCUGGCUCACAAGUAUACAAAAGCACAAUCAAAUGCAAUGGAGCUGAAGAGAAUGGGAGCCAAAGUUCUGCAUGGUAUCAGUGCGAAAAGCAUGAUGCGUCACUCUUACCUAGAGACAAGGCGGUUCCAUCGAAUUGUCUUCAAUUUUCCUCAUGCCGGCUUUAACGGAAAAGAGUAUGAGAUGCAUGUGGUCAUAUUGCACAGGGAGCUGGUGAAGGGUUUCUUUGGCAAUGCACGAGAGCUGCUUCUGCCUGAUGGUGAAAUCCAUAUUAGCCACAAGACAUGAUAUCCUUAUGAUGCUUGGGAUAUCGAGCAACUCGCCUCGGAAUCUUCUCUUACUAUGAUUGACAAUGUUAGGUUCCAGAAACAAGACUACCCUGGCUACAACCAGAAGAGAGGAGAUGGUGCAAAGUCCAACCAAACUUUUCCGCUUGGUGAUUGCAGCACUUUCAAGUUCGGCGUGAAACCUAAUGAAGGUCAAGAAGUAUGUAUAUGUUGCUGCUACAUUUGUCAAGAUAAAUAUGUCUCACCGUACCUUGCCUAUGGGAGCAGUGGCAAAGCCAGAUUUAGAGUUGGGAGUGGGGGGCUCCUUACAUAUUAGUGCAAACUGAUAGUAGUAUUAACGAAUUUGUUGUUGAACUUGAGGUAUUUUGGUGAAUUGGUGAACUUCAUGUGAGUCGACUUUGAUGCUGCAGAGCUCCUUUGAACUUCUAUGGACAUGGCUUGUGUGCUGAUGGGGCACCAUCUAUCACUGUGUAAAUGACCAUAUUUAAUGUGGAAAUUAUGAACAACACUGUGGGAAUGAAAAUGCAAGCACUUUCGUUUGCGGGCC